AUGGCAGAAGCCAAUAUUUCAGUGGAUCAGAACCAGUUGAAAUGUUCAGUGUGUCUGGAUCUGCUGAAGGAUCCAAUGAUGAUUCCCUGUGGACACAAUUACUGUAAGAGAUGCAUCACAGACGUCUGGGAUCAAGACGAUCAGAAGGGAAUCUACAGAUGUCCUUUAUGCAAACAGUCCUUCACACCAAGACCAGUUUUAUGCAAAAACGUGAUGAUUGCUGAAAUGGUGGAGAAACUGAAGAAGACGAGGCUCCAAGCUACUGCUUCUGCUACUCCUGCUGAUCCUCCUGCUUCUGUUCACGCUGGAUCUGAAGAUGUUCAGUGUGACUCCUGCACUGGAAUUAAACAGAAAGCAGUGAAAUCUUGUCUGGGGUGUCGAAUCUCUUACUGUCAAACUCACCUUGAACAGCAUGAGAAUCUCUUCAGAGGCAAAGGACACAACCUGAUGGACGCCACUGGACGACUGCAGGAACUGAUCUGCCUUCAACAUGAUAAAAUGCUGGAAAUUUACUGCCGUACCGACCAGAGCUGUAUCUGUAUGAUGUGUUUGGUGGAUGAACACAAAAAUCAUGACACUGUUUCAACUGCAGCAGCGAGAACAGAGAAACAGAGACAUUUGGGGGAGACACAGAUACAACUUAACCAGAAAAUCCAGAAGAAAGAGGAAGAGAUUCAGGAGCUGAGGGAGGCUGUGACGUCUUAUAAGCGCUCUGCACAGACAGCAGUGGAGGACAGUGAGAGGAUCUUUACUGAACUCAUCCUCUCCAUUGAGAAACGUCACUCUGAGGUGAAGCAGCUGAUCAGAGAUCAGGAAAGAGCUGCAGUAAAUCGAGCUGAAAUGAAACUGGAGCGACUGGAGCAGGAGAUUGAUGAGCUGAAAAGGAGAAACGCUGAGCUGAAGCAGCUUUCAGAAACACAGGAUCAUGUUCAUUUCCUCCAGAGUUUGUCGUCUGCCUCAGUCUCUCUCUCUGGAUCUACAGACGGCUACAGUGUCAGUGCUCAGCUAUCUUUUGAUGAUGUAAUGAAGUCAGUCUCUCAACUCAGAGACAAACUGCAGCAGUUCUGCAGAGAGGAAAUAGAAAAGAUUACUGAAACAGUGAAAACCGUCCAGGUCAUUCACGCUCCUGAAUAUGAGACCAGAGAGGAUUUCCUACAAUAUUUCCAUCCAUUCACUUUGGAUCCAAACACGGUGAAUUCAUAUCUCUACCUAUCUGAGGGUAACACAGUGAUCACUUCGUCCAGCUAUUAUUACAGUUAUCCUGAUCAUCCAGACAGAUUUGAAAAUUGGAUGGAGGCGUUGUAUAGAGAGAGUGUGACUGAACGCCGUUACUGGGAGGUUGAGUGGAGUGGUGAGGUGUAUAUAUCAGUGGCAUAUAACAGCAUCAUGAGGAAGGGAAGCAAUAAUGAUAGUAGAUUUGGAUGUAAUGAUCAGUCCUGGAGAUUAUACUGCUGUAACUCCAGUUGCUCAUUCUGGUACAAUAACAUGCAUACUGAUCUCCCUGUGGUGUCCAGCAGUAGAGUAGGAGUGUAUGUGGAUCACAGCGCAGGGAUUUUGUCCUUUACCCUCUUGGUGCAUAAAUAUGUAAGUGUCUCAGACACAAUGAGUCUCAUCUACAGAGUCCAGACCACAUUCACUCAGCCGCUCUAUCCUGGGAUUGGUUUAGGUAACAAUGCAACAGCAAAACUGUGUCGUCUAACAAUGUAAACAAUAUUGCCA